AUGGGUGAGGAAACUGCUGAUGUUACUGGGCACGUUGACCGGAAGUAUAGCUGUGAUAUAUGUACCAAGACGUUCAUGAGACUAGAUAAUUUAAAACAUCACGUGCUUAUUCAUGCUGGAGUGAAGCCUUUCACAUGUAACUACUGCCAGAAAUCUUUCAGGCAUACAUCCCAGUUGAAGCGACAUAGGCGAGCACAUGACGGAGAAAAACAACACUGCUAUAAUACUUGUAACUUUUCCGCAGUUAAUAAAGAAGGUGUCACAAGACGCAGGAAAAUACAUGUAGAUGAUAAGCGUUACCAUUGUGGUGUUUGUGGAAGGGCAUUUCUUACUGCCAAAUGGCUGAAAAUGCAUAUGUUUGAUCACGCUGUACAACGACCAUUCCCGUGUAAAGUAUGCAAAGCUUCAUUUAAGAGUGAGUCACAACUUAAGAAACACGCGAUACAUCAUGGGAGCGCAGUGAUCGUCUGCACCAUUUGUCAACGUACGAUCAAGUAUCCAUGCAAUUUUAAACGACACAUGUCUAUUCAUACUGGAGAAUAUGCGCGCUAUCACUGUUCAAAAUGUUCUAAAUCUUACUUUAAGAAGGAUUCCCGUGACCGCCAUAUUAUUAAACAUGAAAACGAGUGUACAGUUUGCAAUAGGCUGUUCAGUCGUUCAAAAAGUUUAAGUAAACAUUUGUUAACGCAUAAGGUAAAAUGUCGGAUCUGUAAAAUAAUAUUCCCUUCGGACAAACAACUUCAAGACCAUAUGCCUGAACAUUCAGAAGAGGGUCAAGUUAUGUGUAAAGUGUGCAAGAAAGGGUUUAAAGGACAAGAAUUUCUAGUGAUGCAUAUGCUAUAUUCAUGCGAGGAACGUCUUUUUAAGUGUUCUGUGUGUAAAAAGAAAUUCAUCAAAAAGUGUAAUAUGGAUAAACAUAUGCUAAAACAUAAAAAAUCUGGAAAGUUGCUAAGGAGUGACAAUUCCCACACAAACAACAAUGUGAAGACUUUACAGAGAACCAAACACUACACAGUGGGCCUAACUUCCGGAAAUGCUAAAGGCAUGUGUAUAUCGAAUCCUACGCCUACACAAAUAGUUCUUACAUGUGAUAUAAACACAAGUUCCCAUCAAAAUGCUAUGAACACGAAUAAUGAGAAAACGGAAAAGUGUGAAAUAAAUGGCAUGCGAAGUAAGAAUGCAGUAAUGUGCAAAUCUCCUCAAUUUGCAGACAAUAAAACGAGCGAGAGAGUUGUCUUCACUAACCAUUCCAUUGAAUCUAUUUUAGGUAGAUUAUAA